GUCUUCAUGUAGUGUACGUUUGGCAUUAUUGAGAAUAUAAAGUGUGCUACCUAGGUCCUAUACUUUUUCAUUCUAAGCAGCAAUUUAAUCCACUAAUUAAAUUACCGAUAAGAAAUAUAGAAUACGUUGAUAAUAUUAUUCGAACAAUGAGCUCCAAGUUUCGCGUUUCUAAAAAAGAUCCUGAAAAAUACGGAAAAUAUGAGAACCCAAAUAAACUGGAUGGGCAAACAUUGUCCUUGUUUCGUGAAAGUGGGCAAUACCGGAGGAAUCAUUGCACAGAAGUUCUGCAAGGAUCCAAUUUCCCUUCAAAAACCCGACUAGCAUUGAACGGGUUUGUGAAUACCGUGGUCACUUGUUACAACUAUCAUCACAACCUUAUCCUGCGGCCAGAUGACGUUUGGACGGCUCUAAUGGUUCAGUUUUCCUUCUACGUCAACGAAGAGGCAGAAAAAUUCAGGGGCAAGUUCGUCAACUUUGAGGGGAAGAAGGAACUCGUUGUAGACAUGGGAGGGACCCUCAGAACUACGUCGUAUGGCACCUUUGUAAAACUCAUGACAAAAGAAAUUGACAAAAACCUGACCGACCCAAAUGUCAAGUCGUGGGUUUUGCCCUCAUUCUCAACCACCACCGACGAUGACUUGGUCACGUGUGGGGUCGUAUUUAUGGCCACCAUGAAAAAAUAUUUCGACUACAAAUGUUGCCUAUGUUGUGGAAUUCCAAAUGUGACCCUUGAAGGAACGGUCGGCGACUGGGAAAAUAUCUUGACACGUCUGGACAAACUGAAAGAGUACGAACUGACUUGGUGGUAUGAAAUGCUGGUCCCAAUUUUGGAAAAAUUUAUAUCAGCCAAGAAGGGAAAUCCGGAUGUGGAAUUUUGGGAAAAAAUUUGCAACCGACAUGGUGGAGGAUCUGGACCUUCUUAUUUAUCAGGCUGGAUCACAGCGUUCUGUGUUUUUAACAAGGAUGGAAAACGACAAGGAAACUACAAGGAACACCGAAUGUGGACUGGUGAAGUUAUUGACGCCAGUGGACCAUGGCCAAUCAUUGAUAUGAACGACAUUCCGCCGGGCAGUGUGGAGGUUGACGUAAAAAUCGACGACAACGGGACGCCAUAUUCCUCCGUCAUGUUUGCUGGUCACUUGGCUCAUGAAAUUCUAAGUGAUGAUUGCACUCUUCAACCGACCACUGGGUGGGCCAUUUGUCUGAAACCUGAGGAGGAAGAGAUUGCAAAAAUUGAAGCAGCGGAGAAAGCAGCGGAAUACCAUCGUUGAAAAAAAUUGUUACUAUCAGAUUUGGGUUAAUAAUUUAAUUGAUUCUAAUUCUUCGCUAUCAAAAGAGUUGGCGACAAAAAGGCUGAAAAUAAUGCAAGAAGUUUAUAAAAAUCUACUUUCAAACUUUGAUAUAUGAAUGUGAAUAUGUAAAUAUGUAUUAAGAAAUAAAUGUGAGAAAUAAUAACUUUGUUUA